GAUAACUCUGUCGCCUAGUGACCGGACCCGCAGCACCGGAUCGUUCGCACCAGGGUGCCGCUCAGAGCAAAAGGAUACGAUACUACAGGAAGAACAAGAAGAAACAACGGGCGUCCCAUUGACAGCGCCAAGAACAGCGAUACGCCGCCCUCCCAGGGCGAGUUUCCUUUCCGUUUGCGUUGGAUCCCGAACUUUUUCCCGCCUAUCCCAGCGUCCCGUGAAAGGUGCAGGACUGGAACGGGAACAGUGGAAACCGUGUCGCCACACUCCUCAGCCAAAAAGUGUGCGAAUAAGCCGGCACCUGCUUCCCGGACAGAGUAACUAACAAUCCCUACAAGAAAACUCACCGCGUGGCUUAAAAGGGAAGCCGGAGCUCCGGGCCGACGCGACGCGCGUCCCUCGUGCCAAACUUUCUGGAAGCGGCGGCCGAGAGGGAAGCCGUAGGGAGCUACUUUCCCGUCGAACAGCUGCCGCUGCUCGGCGAGGGAGUGCGGGCGCGCGCUCUUUCCCGCCAGUUUUGGGGAAGCGACCGCCGCAUCCCGCUCAGGGCGCACCGGACGCCGCCGAGGGAGGGGCCGCGCACGAACGGACGCGCCCGCGGGAUUCCCAGCCGCACGCCGGCAUCAGAAGCCGAGACAGCGCCGCAAGGAGCGCACGAAACGGGGAGCGCAAUGCUGGUGGCGGCGCGAGCCAUGUCCCUGGUGCGUGUCGGGUUCCUGCUGCUGUGGUGCGUCGCCGCGAUGCAGAGCACCGGCGUCACCGUCGCGACACCCAUGGUGGGAAAGCAAUACCUCCUUCAAAAUCCCAACCCAUAUUUCCGGUUAGAGCAUCCAAGUUCCGGGGGUGACUGCAUAUUCCAGAAGUCCGUGGAGGGCGAGUACACGUUCAUCUCGACGGGCAACGAUGCCGUGUGCGCCCUGUACGUCGUUGCCGAUCCCGAGUAUGUGGUCGAGUUCGAGAUCCUGCGCUUCGACGUCAGCUGCACCAAGGGGGGCCUACUCACGGUGUUUGACGGCUGGGAGAACAACGGCGAGUACUUUCCGAGCCAGGAGGACCAUCCAAAGCCGAUGGACCAGCGGUUCGCCGAGUUCUGCGGACCCAUCAAGCCCUGGAAGCCGUUCGUGACGUCGCAGAACGUCGGCAUCGUCCUCUUCAGGGUGCCCACACGCGGAAACUACUUCUCCGUCCUCGUAUCGUUCAGGAAAAAUCCAAAGCCCUGUAACGUAAUGCUCCUGCCGCUGUCAGACAGCCCCAUCUACACGCUACGAAACUACGGCCGGCGAGGGAACUGCAGCGCCGCCUUCAUCUACCCCAUGAACUUUCGUAUCCUAGCCACCAGCAUCGGCUCGCAGUCAUUCUCCGGAUCCGGAAACGUCGAGUUCGAGACGGGGCUCAUCACAAAGUGCAGGAAACGCGGCGUGCGAGAUUACGCUGAAUUCUUGGGUGGAACCGGCCUAGGCAUGGAUGGCAUGAUGGUCAUACAGGAUGUCUGCGGCCUUGACUCCCUUCCAAGCAAGAAAGCCAUCGGGAUUCCAUGCGGAACGACUGCCGUGCGCCUGGUGUCCACCGGAAGAUUCGAGGACUCCAUCACUUUCGGCUACGAGCCCAUCAUCGAGAGAGAACGCGUGCGACUGUGCGCCAAGGCCCUAAUGACAGUGUGACGCUACGGACUAUCGACAGAAUGAAGAUGGACAGCUAUUUGAGAUGGACUCUGCCCGCGUAUGAGCCGCAUCUGAAACUGUUCCGGGACGAAAACAGAAAACAAAAAACAGCCUGAGACACCGGACUAAACGAUGCCUCGACACUACUCUUGCUUGAGUUACUUGGGCUCCCGCCGUAUGACCUCGUUUGUUGAUUGAGAAUGUAAAUAAUCCAACUGUGCUUCGGGGUUUUCGUUUGCUUCCUUUCAGCGUUGCAAGGAUACAGAGCUUCGCAACAGUCAUUUGCAGCCGGACACACAUGUACCGCUCACAGGGCAAACAGUGGACAGUUCAGUUUGUUCGCUUCAAGCUCUAAAAUUGGUCCCGAAUUGCGUGACUUCGUGUUCGUUCUUUUCCGCUUUCUGCAUGCUAAAGCCACUUGGAUGGUAAUGUCGUACUUUUUCUACGUCUCGCAAACCUAUCGCUUGUUAAUUGACGAACCCCGAAUGGUAGCAUACGCCCCGUUAGCAAUUCUUCGUCGUUUUUCUUGACCCUUAUUCUCGCCAUGAACGAGUCUCGAAGCGGAAAGUAAUGUAAGAAAACCUUUUCCUGUUUCUUCACUAUUACAUAUUACACAUACUUGUAAUUAUUUGCGCCUUGAACUGAUCUUGAACACUAAAUUUCUUGCUGUUGAAUGCGUUCAUGUUUUCUCUCAUCCAACAAUAUGCUGCACAGCAUCCUUCAGCGCUUUAAAGUACUCGAGGUGUAAUAUCAGAGCACAUUUUCAAGGCAUGCUUUCACGACAGAAAUUGACGUAUCGCGAUUUGUCUUUCCUCUGGAUAUUUUGUAUUAUAGGUUUUGUGCGUAUUCCCGGGGAGGUCACGUAAUAGCGCAAACUGAACAUACGUUUGUGACCGAAGAUGUCAUAUCUGCAUAUCAGUUCCGCAGCGGUUCUGUUGCAUACAACCAAUUUCUGCAAACAUGUUCAUUGUGCGUAAAAUAAUGUUUUCGACAGCUUAAAUGUACAAGGAAGGGAAUAGAGCAAAACGUUCUGGCUAUUAAAGCAUGCUUUUAACGCAAACGAAGCAACGGACACAAAUCCGCGAACUAAUAUUUUAUUAUGGUUGUUUGACUGCGUUGUCAAUGUAGUGUCACUAUAUUAAAUAAGCACGAGAUGAACACAGUGACAAAGACGCCUCAGGCGUCUUCCUCUGAUGUCUGUCGGAGACAACACACGCUGAAGGAUUAACCCGUCAGUCUACUACUCAGUGAAUGCUUCACGUUAUUAGUGAGAGAAAGAGUCCCUAGAUGAAUGAAAAUGUGCAUUACAAAUCACUGAAUCAGCUACCUUCAGCUUGUAAGUAUUGUUUGCCGAUUUCCUCUUCAUUUCGUACUGUCAUUAUUCGUUAUACAUUACUGUUUGCUGCGGACACAGCCCGGAAAAUUGCUUCAACACUUUAAACCGCCCACUCCUUCCCACUGUGUAGCUAAGGUUAUACAGCGCCUUGCUUUGCUACAUUGCCAGCGUGAGCACUGAGAUGAAACACCGUAAGAUUAAAUAAAACAAUUAGGCUGACAAAGAGAAGCACCUUUUAUUACGAAAGUAAUAAAACAACGUAAACGAGAUUUUUUAUCUUUUUUGCCGCUGGAUGCAGUCACCAAAUCUAACUGGCACCCACAUACAGACGGAAAUCAACAAUAUAUUUAGUUGGUGUCUAAAUCUAGGGUACGAGUAAUAAAUUUCCUAAGCAUUAAGUACGACAAUCAUCGCCGGGGCUCUUCGUUGGGAAGUGUAAUCACGCGUCCAGAAAUUAUUUGUCCUGAGUGGACCCACAGAUAAUUUCCUGCGUCAGAUUUUUUUCGUUCGCUCCCUUUGUGUGCUCGACGAGGCUUUGGAAUAGGAUUUACGUGCCGCACAACAAAUGCAGUGAUUCGAGGUUCCAUCAGGCCUGUCGCAAUUAUCUGGUCCGAAAGCACAUUGUUCUUGUUUCUCUUAAUGUACCGCAGCGGAACAGUGCUGCACCAUUCCCGAGUAGUUUGCUUCUUAAAAACGUCGGCUAUGGUAAUCACUGAAAGCGUUAUUAAUGAUUUAUCGUAAAACUUGCUACAAUCUUUGUAGCUUUAGUUAAUUAAGCUAGCUAAGAAUCUGGCGGCCCUAACUGAAUGAUAGGUAUAACGCACACAGAGCAACAAAAAACAAACAAAAAAAACGGCACUUUUGGUAUGUUUAACUCUCUCUAACAAUCAUAAGUACACCAGAAAAGUAGAGCGAAUUCGUUUACAGAGCAUAGACAUCGCAAACGCUACGACAUUCAAUAUCACGAAAUUGCGAAUAUCACAUCUAUGUCAACUGAUAGCGUUCUGGUGUAAACACCUGAGCGCGGCGUCGGCAUUGAAUUGAGCGAGGCUAGACAUAAAAAUGCCGUUGGCUAAACAGACAUAAUCCUGGCGCCGGCAUUUCUACUGGCGUCUGCUGACUUUGCGCACCUUGGCAUCAUCACGGAGCGAGGCGACAAGCUGAAACCACUGAGAUCUUUGAUGUCGAGAUCUCGCAUAUCCAUUUCGGCCAUUCAGGUUUAUCGCUUCUCUCCACGUCAACGCAUGCAGAGUUACGCAAGCGACAGCCGACGGUGGUAGAAACGCUGGCGCCGAGAUUCGGCAUGCCCAGCCAACACCACCUAGAUAGCACAAGGCCCGGGGCUCGAUCGGAGAUCUUUGUUCAUUUCACGUUCUGGGCCGGUAUUUUGUAGCGAUGCUUUAUGCUUUAUUCUAUAAUAGUCUUAUCAGCCACCGCCCACGGCUGGCUGAUUUCAUUGAUAACGUGAGCGGACCAUCGCUCUGACCACUGACCAAGCGCGAAAAGGCAACACACGCCGGAAAGGCAUCGCAACAAAAUACCGGCCCUGUUCACUCCCAUCCAUGACGUCGAGCUACCUGGCUCGACGACGCUUCGUUCAGCAUCGAUGCCGUUUGACGCAACGAUAACCAACGCUGAUAGAAAAAUGCACGCUCUUCUCUAAUCGGCUAGUGACGUCAUCCCUGGAGUAAACUAAUCAGGGAAUCUUUCCUAGAAUCUUUCCAUUUCGUUUCCUCCUUAGACUUAAUGUUUUGCGCGGCUGCAAACGCGGUGCAUCUAAGGUUGGGGAAGUAGACGAACAAAGCUAUCGCUUUUAAAGCAAGCGAGAUAAAGUGAGCAGUUUUAACGGUACAACGGUGGCACGAUAAAUUUUUAGCGCCUUUUGAGUAAGUACCACAGCGCUUUCCUCUUUUUCCUGAAGAGUGUAGUGAAACGAAGCACUCAUCCGCGAGCACCUGCAUCAGUUCGAUUGACGCGGACGGGACGGCCCACGUUCAAACAGGGAGCGCUGCAGACAGAUCGCAGCCGAGGGUGUGAACGCUGUGUAUACAUACUAUAAAUACCUGUACAAGCCACAUGUUGUCAGUGAGGUUUGCCUUUUUUUGUGUGCACAUAUGGAAAACAAAAGAGUUGACGGGAGAUAUGGAGACGAACUACCUUGUUCCUGUUGUGUGCCCCCCCUCGCCCUUAUAUCAUGUACAGCAAGUGUGCACAGCGCGUGGAACUUGUUGUCUCAUUCCCGUGUGACUAUAGUUGUUCCGAGGACGAAAACAAAAGAACAAUGUACGAAUAAAGGUUUCCUAAA